UGGAAGAAGGCGGAGGGUUCCGUAAGGGAUUCCCUCUGCUCAAGCCGUUAGAGCCAGUUCCUCCUCCCGGGCCUGCAGGAGCUCUUCCAGCGGCUGCCACUUCAGCCUGCGGAAUCAUGGCCGAAUAUUCCUAUGUAAAGUCCACCAAACUCGUGCUCAAGGGCACUAAAGCCAAGAGUAAAAAGAAAAAGAGCAAAGAUAAGAAGAGAAAACGAGAAGAAGAUGAGGAGACCCAACUUGAUAUUGUGGGAAUCUGGUGGACUGUAUCCAACUUUGGGGAGAUUUCAGGAACUAUUGCCAUUGAAAUGGAUAAGGGAGCCUAUAUCCAUGCGCUGGACAAUGGACUGUUUACAUUAGGAGCUCCACACAGAGAAGUUGAUGAAGGCCCCAGUCCUCCAGAGCAGUUUACUGCUGUCAAAUUGUCUGAUUCCAGAAUUGCCCUGAAGUCUGGCUAUGGAAAGUAUCUUGGUAUAAAUUCAGAUGGUCUCGUUGUUGGACGUUCGGAUGCAAUUGGGCCCAGAGAACAAUGGGAGCCAGUGUUUCAAGAUGGGAAGAUGGCUUUACUGGCCUCAAAUAGCUGCUUUAUUAGAUGUAAUGAAGCAGGCGAUAUAGAAGCAAAGAAUAAAACAGCAGGGGAAGAAGAAAUGAUAAAGAUCAGAUCCUGUGCAGAAAGAGAAACCAAGAAAAAGGAUGACAUCCCAGAAGAAGACAAGGGAAGUGUGAAGCAGUGUGAGAUCAACUAUGUAAAGAAAUUUCAGAGCUUCCAAGACCACAAACUCAAAAUAAGCAAAGAAGAUAGUAAAAUUCUUAAAAAGGCUCGGAAAGAUGGAUUUUUACAUGAGACGCUUCUGGACAGGAGAGCCAAAUUGAAAGCUGACCGAUACUGCAAGUGACAUGAACAUUAUGUUUUGCUUUUGGGUUUUUCAUUUUUUUCUUUUUCUUUUUUUUUUUUUUUUUUUUUUUUUCUGAAUAAAUAUAUUCUGAAUAAGUGCUUUUACAAAGAGUUCUCGAGUCCUCUUGAAAUUAUUGCUAAAUUUAGUAACUGGUUUGACCUGACUGGUCAAGGUUAGCCCUGGUACUUCAAGGGAUUUACUUUUCAGGUAAGCGUCUCCUCUUAAAGGACUACAGGACUCUUCAUUCUCCAAAUUCCCUGUCAUGUUACUCCUGGACACAUGUUCCCGAUGCUGAGGACUGACUGUUGCUGUGUGCCUCU